GCUGUUUCCUGGUGUGGGCCGCUCGUGGUUACCGCGGAGAGGUUUCUGGGAGCCGGUUGGUGUCAGUGAGCCUGCAGACCGCCAUGUCCGCUAUCCACACGGCCGCUAUGUUCCUGGAGAUCAGCACUGACGAUGAGGAGCAGCAGCCGACAGAGAUAGAAUCCCUCUGUAUGAACUGCUACAAGAACGGGAUGACUCGAAUUCUUCUUACCAGAGUUCCAUUUUUCAAAGAGAUCAUUGUCAGUUCAUUCACAUGUGAGGAAUGUUCCUGGAGCAACACAGAAGUCCAGUCAGCUGGUCGUAUUCAGGAGCAAGGUGUUCGAUACUCACUGACUGUUAGAAACAAAUGGGAUUUGAACCAUGAGGUUGUCAAAACAGAUUAUGCAACCACACGGAUACCAGAACUAGACUUUGAAAUUCCAGCAAAAAGGAGCUCUCACUACAAGGAAUCUUGA